AUGAACUUCUCAGCCUGCACCUCCGCAAAGAUUCUGAAUGCAACUCUGGACCGUCUCCGGAGGGAGCGGGAUUCCAACAGGUCCUCGUAUCUGGAUGAACAUGCCAUGUAUAUGUUGCAAGAAUGGAUUAUCUCCCCUCCGUAUACAGACAUGAAGAUGUUCCUGAUCCCUCCAAUUGCCUGUCUUAUGGCAGCCAUCCUGGUAAUUCCUUCCAUCUUGUUUGUGAUUUUCUCCAGCUUCAGCAUUCGCCAGGAAACAAGGUACCUGCUGCUGGGAAAUGCUUUGCUUUGCGAUUUGAUAUACCUCAUAUUCUACACCCUCUUGGCAGUUCUCAACGGUGCGAACUUUAUACUCUCCAACCAUACCUGUGUGUUCCUGUUGUUCUUGUUGGCCGUGACUUACUGCGGGGGAUUACUCACCGCUGCUGCCAUGGUACUGGAUAUAUCCUUGGCUAUUUUGUUUCCUUUGCGCUAUGUUACCAUUUUGCCUUCUUCACGAACAAAAAAACUGAUUGUACUCAUAUGGACCUCUUCCGGAUUUUUCCCAGGGAUUAUCUACUUGGUGUUGAUGGUGACUCAAAAGCCCCCACCGUGUCCCAUAAAAACAUGCUCUGUGCCAGUAAUAUUGGUCAUGACCCUGCAUGGAGAUGAUGCCGUGAAGCUCUGUUAUGUGCUUUCAGUAACGGCCCUCUUUCUCUGCUUGGUUUUAAUACAUACUUGUUAUAUUGUCCUGUAUUUGAAAACAAGACAGUCGGGUAUAUGGGAAAGCGUUUUCUCUAGAGCAAGCGUGACCUUCUUGAUGCAUCACACCAUAUUAUUCUUUUACUUCUCUCCCCUGCUGGCCUUGGUGGUAGAAGCGUUACUCUACACCAACAACGUCAUUGGGCUGCGCACAGGAUUAUGGAUGGCUCUGACCAUCUGCAAUGUCCUGAUGGUGCUGCCCAAAGCUUUGUCGCCAUAUCUGUACGGGCUUCGGUAUAGGGAGAUCGCGUCUUCUCUCAAGCUCAUUUUCAGAAUGAAGCGCCUUAGUAUUGUGUCCCCCGUUGUAACGCCAUGA